CUGUCACUUCAUAUCCUUCAUCAACGUCAAAAGUAUAGAGCAUUGACAUUUCGUAAAUAUAUGUGACGUGUCUCUAGAGUCCAGAGAAUUUGACGGAAACAUUAAACAUUUUACAUUCCAAAUAAAAGUUAUGAUAAUAUUUUUUUAAUUUGUGGUUCGUAAAUAGUGAAGUGAAAAUCAAAAUAUAUUAUUUAAGUGUAACGACAGACUUAUAAUAUUUGAUCAUAUAUGAAAUAAACCAAUUAUAAUGACUACCUUACGCGAACGACAAUUGAAUAAUAUGACGUCCAAUAAUUAUGAGCCUCGUGUUGAAUUUCUUAAGAAGGUGCAUAAAAGAGUUUUCAGAUUCCCUUAUCCAGAUCCCAUUAAUCCUGAGAAGAAUAACAAUGGUAAGACGAUUUACGGAAACAGUUUAAGGCGAACAUAUCCUACAAUAAAAAUUCAUUGUCCCUUUGACACAACCGCAAUAGUCCUCGUUUCUUGCAUCACAGACGACGUCAACGGGAAACACAUGCCUCACCCACAUAGAAUUGUGAGACAUCCAGACUGUAAGAAUGGAGUCUGUGUAGUGAAUGGGAUAAUAAAAAACGGUGAGGCAGUUGUGGUAUUCAGGGAUAUUGCAUUACUGCGAACUUUAAAAAAAGAUGCCUUGGAAGAGUUACAGAAAAGAAGGGAAUUUGUAAAAACAAUCGGUGCCGAAUGCAAUCUUUUUAGAGGAGAGAACAUCGAAGCUUCAAAGUUUAAAAUGUAUUCGGUUCGAAUUUGUUUUCAAGUAUUGCUGAAAAUGGGAGAUCGUUACAUGGAAUUGAAACCUUUAAUAAGUGAACCGCUUAUUGAUUAUCUAGCACUUAGGAAUCUAAAUAUCCUUGAAAUGUGUCCGAAUGAGGGCAGAAUAAAUUGGGCGACAAAAAUAAUACUGGUUAUAAAGAGAAUUAAUAAAACGGACAAGAUAAGUGUAAUAUUUGUGGAUAAGGAUAGUAAUGAGAUCCCCGCAGUGGUAGAAAAGGCUCAGCCCUUACCUAAUCGCUCUUGUGUACUUAUAUGUUACACACCAAAAAUCUUUCUCGAAGAUUCUGCUAGAUGUAGCGAGUUUGCAGUAAAAGUGAGAUUAAAUAACGAUGAAACUCUUUCUGAGAAUAUGCGAGGUUUUGUGUUUAGAAGAAUGUUAUGGCCUAAUUCAGAUUAUUCCGAAACAGAAUAUUUAAAAAUGCUUAAGGAUAAAAAGUUUAACAGCAGCUUGAUUGCCGAAAUAGGUGCAUCAAUGAGCGUUCCGAGUGGUCAAGAGUAUACUGAAACGGUGGCCCAAGAAGUUUAUAACACUCCUAACACAAGUUACGCAUUCUUUACUCAAAACACACAAAAUCAUCUUGAUAAAAUAAUAAGCGUUCCGAGUGGUCAAGAGUAUACUGAAACGGUGGCCCAAGAAGUUUAUAACACUCCUAGCACAAGUUACGCAUUCUUUACUCAAAACACACAAAAUCAUCUUGAUAAAAUAAUAAGCGUUCCGAGUGGUCAAGAGUAUACUGAAACGGUGGCCCAAGAAGUUUAUAACACUCCUAGCACAAGUUACGCAUUCUUUACUCAAAACACGGAAAAUCAUCUUGAUAAAAUAAUAAGCGUUCCGAGUGGUCAAGAGUAUACUGAAACGGUGGCCCAAGAAGUUUAUAACACUCCUAGCACAAGUUACGCAUUCUUUACUCAAAACACGGAAAAUCAUCUUGAUAAAAUAAUAAGCGUUCCGAGUGGUCAAGAGUAUACUGAAACGGUGGCCCAAGAAGUUUAUAACACUCCUAGCACAAGUUACGCAUUCUUUACUCAAAACACGCAAAAUCAUCUUGAUAAAAUAAUAAGCGUUCCGAGUGGUCAAGAGUAUACUGAAACGGUGGCCCAAGAAGUUUAUAACACUCCUAGCACAAGUUACGCAUUAUUUACUCAAAACACGCAAACUCAUCCUAAUGCAACUUUAUCUGAAGAUCUUAUUCUAAACAAUGACUAUUGGGAAAAAAACAGUAAUACUUUGCAAGCAAAUAAUGUUUACCCUACAAUACGCCAAAUGGAUACAAUUCCAUUUCAUACCUUACCUAGAGUUAAUUCCCUAAUUAGACAAGACAAUGAGCAGCACUACUUUCAAGAUAACGGAACAAAUUCCGCAAUUCAGCAGGACUAUAAUUCCAGAUUGGAGCAACAAAACACACAAGAUAGACCGUUAAUUCAACCAAUCAAUGACAUGGAUAUUAUUUUUGAGCUUCUAGAUGAACAUUUAAAAGAUCAACACCAAAAUAUCUGAUUGUUGGAAUAAUACGUUUUAAAUAUAUAAUGUUUA